GGAGGCUGCAUCCGACUCGGUCACAAGGAAAAUGGAUUCAGUUUGCAUCUCUCUCUCCUUUCAACAGCUUCUCAGGGUCUCAACAGGGGCUUCCAGGGCAGCGGUUGAGGAGACCUUACCGAGGAGCACCACGCAGUAGAUGCGGAGACAUCGCAGUCCAGGAUAAGAAACAGUAACAUGGCAGCACCUGUUUGAAAGGAAUUAAAAACCAACAGACUCCAUUUAGAUAGGAACAAUGUCCAAGAAAGGGCGAAAUAAGGGCGAGAAGCCCGAGGCACUCAUUGUCGCCCUUCAAGCUGCCAAUGAAGACCUCAGGACCAAGCUCACAGACAUUCAGAUAGAGCUGCAUCAAGAGAAGUCCAAGGUAUCGAAGCUUGAACGAGAGAAGACUCAAGAAGUGAAGAGGAUUCGGGAGCUGGAGCAGCGCAAGCACACGGUGCUGGUGACGGAACUCAAAUCCAAGCUCCACGAGGAGAAGAUGAAGGAGCUGCAGGCCGUGAGGGAGAAUCUCAUCAAGCAGCACGAGCAAGAGAUGUCAAGGACGGUCAAGGUGCGAGACGGGGAGAUCCAGAGGCUCAAGUCGGCGCUCUGUGCUCUCCGGGACGGCAGCAGUGACAAAGUAAGGACAGCGCUCACCAUCGAGGCCCGGGAGGAGGCCCGGAAACUGUUUGACGCGGAGCGUCUUAAGCUCCUGCAGGAAAUCACGGACCUGAAAACGGCCAAGAAGCAGGUGGACGAGGCUCUGAGCAAUAUGAUCCAGGCGGACAAAAUCAAGGCUGGGGACCUUCGGAGCGAGCACCAGUCCCACCAAGAAGCCAUCUCCAAGAUCAAGUGGGAAUCGGAGCGGGAUAUUCGCAGGCUGAUGGAUGAAAUCAAAGCCAAGGACAGGAUCAUCUUUUCCCUGGAAAAGGAACUGGAGACCCAAACAGGCUAUGUACAGAAACUCCAACUGCAGAAGGAGGCUUUGGAUGAACAACUCUUUCUGGUCAAAGAGGCUGAGUGUAACAUGAGCAGUCCAAAACGAGAAAUUCCAGGAAGAGCAGGAGAUGGCUCCGAACAUUGCAGCAGUCCUGACUUGCGAAGAAAUCAAAAAAGAAUAGCUGAAUUGAAUGCUACUAUAAGAAAAUUGGAAGACAGGAACACCUUGCUUGGAGAUGAACGAAAUGAACUGUUAAAACGCGUGCGGGAAACUGAAAAACAAUGCAAACCUCUCCUGGAAAGGAACAAGUGCCUCGCCAAGAGAAACGAUGAACUGAUGGUGUCCUUGCAACGCAUGGAAGAAAAACUGAAAGCCGUUACCAAGGAGAAUUUGGAAAUGAGAGAAAAAAUAACAUCCCAUCCACCUUUGAAGAAAUUAAAAUCUCUGAAUGAUCUCGACCAAGCUAAUGAAGAACAAGAAACAGAGUUUCUAAAGCUUCAGGUCAUUGAGCAACAGAACAUUAUUGAUGAGCUCACAAGGGACCGAGAAAAGCUCAUCCGUAGGAGAAAGCAUAGAAGAAGUUCCAAGCCCAUCAAGAGGCCUGUUUUGGACCCAUUUAUUGGCUAUGAUGAGGACUCCAUGGAUUCAGAGACAUCAUCCAUGGCCUCGUUUAGAACAGACAGGACACCAGCGACUCCUGAUGAUGACCUGGAUGAAAGUUUAGCAGCUGAAGAAUCUGAGCUACGAUUUCGACAAUUAACAAAAGAAUACCAGGCCCUCCAAAGAGCAUAUGCCCUCCUACAGGAGCAGACUGGGGGCAUCAUUGAUGCUGAACGAGAAGCCAAGGCUCAAGAACAGCUCCAAGCAGAGGUGCAAAGGUACAAAGCCAAAAUUGAAGACCUGGAAGCGACUCUGGCUCAGAAAGGGCAGAUAGAAAAGCAGGAGGCAGAAAAUCACCGGUUACAACAGGAACUACAAGACGCCAGAGACCAGAAUGAGCUGCUGGAGUUUCGAAAUCUAGAGCUAGAAGAAAGAGAGAGACGAUCCCCUCCAUUUAAUCUCCAAAUUCACCCAUUCUCAGAUGGUGUGAGUGCUCUACAGAUCUACUGUAUGAAAGAAGGUGUCAAGGAUGUGAACAUCCCUGAUCUCAUAAAGCAGCUUGAUAUCCUGGGUGAUAACGGGAAUUUAAGAAAUGAAGAACAAGUGGCAAUAAUUCAGGCCAGCACUGUGUUGUCCCUUGCAGAGAAGUGGAUCCAGCAAAUCGAAGGAGCAGAGGCUGCCCUGCACCAGAAAAUGAUGGAAUUGGAAAGUGACAUGGAACAAUUCUGCAAAAUAAAAGGCUAUCUGGAGGAAGAGCUAGACUACAGAAAACAAGCUCUUGACCAAGCAUAUAUGAGAAUCCAGGAACUAGAAGCUACUUUGUACAAUGCCCUGCAGCAAGAAACUGUUAUCAAGUUUGGUGAAUUGUUAAGUGAAAAACAGCAAGAGGAGCUGAGGACGGCAGUAGAAAAGUUACGGCGGCAAAUGCUGAGGAAGAGCAGAGAGUAUGACUGUCAGAUUCUUCAGGAGAGAAUGGAACUCUUACAGCAAGCCCAUCAGAGGAUCCGUGACUUAGAAGAUAAAACAGACAUUCAGAAAAGACAAAUAAAGGAUUUAGAAGAAAAGUUUCUGUUUCUAUUCUUGUUCUUCUCUCUUGCCUUUAUUCUAUGGCCUUGAUGUCAAGGUGCCUCUUAAAGAGUAACCGAAAACAUGGAUAAGACUCCAGAAAGGCAAAUCCUUUUAAACCUUCAAAGAUGGCAAUAUUGUUUACACCAGUGAGAGGGAGAUCAAAAGCUAAGACCUACCCUGUAGCCAGGACUACAACUGUGUAUUUUAAAGCCAUUAUUCAAGGUUUCUUACUUGACAGUUCCUACAUGACCCUGUUGAAAAUCUACAAUAUAUGCUGCAUUUAAUGAAACAUGUAUAUGUCAAACCAGAAGAAAAGAACUAUAAACAUAUAUUGUGUAAAGAAAAAAUUCCAGCAAUGGAACCAGUUUCAGCAGAGCAAGCAAAGAUGUGUCUUGGGCAUGGAACCAAAGUUACAAUGAAACAUUCAACCCCUGCUGUGCAGGGGGGGUCAUUUUAAUGUAACACCACACCCCAUGGAAACACUAGUUCUGAAAAUAAACAUCAUUUUAAAAGAUCAAAACAAAAACAUCAAGGGCGGGUGGGGAAUGAAGCACGAGGAAUACCUAUGAGGAGCUAUUUACAAUAAAAUGUUUCCUUUGAAAAGUCUGGUUUCUUACUACAGGGAUUUGCUUUUCUGUCUUUAUGAUUAUUUUAAACUCAGGAACAGAGACAUCUGCAACGCAAUGUGAAUGGGAAGAAACACAUGCUCCGUUUUGUUUUUCUGCAAAAGGUGGAGCUCAUGGAAUUCAUUCCACAGAUGACAGAUGAGAAGCGGAUCGCAGCAAACCUAACUAAACUGGCAACCCAGUCAAAGCCCCUGGGUGAAUGUAAGGUGCGAAAUAAAAGCAGAUUUGAUGCUUGUCCUUCUCUCACAUCUGCGUUCCUCCAUCAAUGGACUGAUCUCAUUCAGACUGAAAAUGAAGACGACGCUGUAAAUCCAAGCUCCCUGACUUAGUUCUCUUCACAACAUCAACAUCUGUAGGGAGCAUGGGCCAGAGAGCAUCUCUGAACCUUCCAAUUUCCAAAAUACUAAUUUUCAAGUGGCUGCUUAAAGAUUGCCUGCAAAUGAAUAUGCUAUAUGAUUUGAGUACAAACACAAUAGAGGUGAUAAGUAAACUUGUACCAACAGUUGGGUUUGCCGCAGAAAUGUGAAUAUUGAGCUAAAUUAUGAUUAUUUUCAGAAGCAUCCCGAUAUGCCUAGAGCAUUCUGACUUCUUGUUGUUUCAAGUAAUAAUAUUCUUUCCCACACAGCUGAGAGCAACAAGACAGCUCUACUUUUUUUAUAUAGAAAUAAUACGAUGGUGCCAGUAAGGUCAUUUUCUAACAAAGACAAAUGGAAGACUGGUACCUUUCCUAAGUUAUGUCUCAGAUUCAGCUCUGAGGCAAAUAUUAAUACUUGUUCCUGAAAAGCUAAUUUUACACCUCAUUCACUGUAGAUAACAAAACAACCUCAAUUUUUCAAAUUUUCAAGAUUUUAUUUAUGUGGCUAGAAUUCCCAUGCAUAGGGAAUAUCUGUAGGGAGCCAGAUACUUUUUCUACAAAAUGUAACACAAAUCUUUCCAUAUGUGGGUUCAGUAUCUUGUCCUUCAGUUUGGGCACUGGCAUUUUCAAAGCCAGAACAUAACUGAAGAAUGUGCAAGAGAAACUAGAAUGCUGGGGUCCCACUUUUUGUUCUUAUAUUUACUGCUGACCCAGGUAUUUUUGCCCCAGUCACUUAACCUCUCUGUGCCUCAGUUUCCUCAUCUGCAAAAUGGGGUUAAAUGCUUUUUCAUAAAGUUUUAUUUGCAAUUUUGGAACAAGAGGUGCUUAACGUAGCACAAAGUGCUUUGUAAUUAUUACAACUGCUGUAUUAUUUGACUUUCUUAAUGUCAAGGAAAAAAUUCCCCUGUGCAGUAAAAUAGUGCUUCAGUUUGGUUAAAUCUAAGCCCUACUGAAGCUUUCCCAUCAACUGACCUGGGACAUUAUUAGCAAUAAAGAUUGAGAGAUCCAAAGCCAGAAUCUCUAAUAAUCUAUAGCAAAUAGAUCAUCUCAUGCUAUUGAAUGAGAUAAAGGCAUAUGUCAUUUCAACGAUCAGCAUCUCCAAGCUAUCUCGAUGGCAUAUGCAUGUCGUCACACCAAACACCACUUCUAUCACAGGAGAACCAACCAUGAUGUGAAGGCUGGGCGUGAACUGACCAUAUCUCCUCAUCAGCCUGAUUAUCUUUUCUGUAUGUGUUAAUGGGGAAAGUUAGGUGAUACAUCCUACUGUGAAGUUCUGAAACAAACUAUCCUCCUAGAUUCUUU